GCCAUCUAUAAACCGGAUAUUGCAGACGGACCACGUGGGGACAUUGUAGGACACUGAUCAGUUGUAGAGCUUUCGGAAAGACAUGAAAUUUUCCAUACCCGAAUCUGAUUCUUCAAGCAGUAUGGCCAAGAAAGAUCAAACAAAAAAGGAUAAGAAGUCAAAGAAAUCUGACAAUAACACUGAAGAGCAGGCUGAGAAUGGAGAUGCCAGUAGCAUGGAGGUGGACUCCCCGGAGAAUGUGAAUGGUGCAGAUACAACCCCCACGAAGAUCAAGAAGAAAAAGGAUAAGAAGGCCAAGAAAUCUAACGGCCAGACAGAGCCAGAGGCGGACAAGGAUGAAGACCCGGACAUCAAGUUGGGGGCAUUCACUAACUUCAGAAUAUCUCCUGGUUCUAUUGAAAAACUAAACGCCAAGGGUAUAAGCUACCUGUUCCCAGUCCAGUAUGAAACGUUUGACACGGUGUUUGAUGGAGGAGACGUCAUAGCACAAGCCAGGACCGGCACAGGAAAGACUCUAUCAUUUGCCCUACCUCUGGUGGAGAAGCUGGAGAGAAGUGAAAAGAAACAGAAGCCUGGUCGGAGCCCAAAGGUUCUGGUACUGACCCCCACACGGGAACUGGCCAAGCAGGUUCAUGAUGACUUCAAGGCAAUUGCAGAAAGUCUGGAGGUCCUUGUAAUAUACGGAGGGACUCCUUAUGGCCCUCAGGAGCGUGUGAUGCGGAACGGCGUGGAUGUGGUGGUGGGGACUCCGGGGCGCGUGCUGGACCACGUACAGAAGGAGAACCUGAAGCUGAACAAGAUCAAGCAUGUGGUUCUGGACGAGGUGGACCAGAUGCUCGACAUGGGCUUCUUGGAGUCAGUGGAGGAGAUCCUGAAGGGGGCGUACGAUAGAGAGAAGGAGAGCAGCCACCCCCAGACGCUGCUGUUCUCGGCCACCCUGCCGCCCUGGGUGAGGCAGACGGCCAACAAGUACAUGAGGGACGAUGUGAAGAAAGUAGAUCUGAUCGGCAAACAAACAAACAAAACAGCCACAACAGUGGAGCACAUGGCCAUCAAGUGUUCGUACCAUGACAGGGCGGGGACUAUCGGGGACAUCAUCCAGGUGUACAGCGGCAACCACGGCCGCGCCAUGGUGUUCUGUGAGACCAAGAAGGAUGCAGAUGAGCUGGCGUGUAGUCCCAGCAUCAAGGUGGACUGCCACGUCCUUCACGGAGACAUUCCACAGGAGAAGCGCGAGUUGGUGUUGGCUGGUUUUAAGGACGGAAAGUACAAGUGUCUCAUCACCACGAAUGUCGCAGCUCGGGGUCUGGACAUUCCCCUCGUCGAUCUCGUCAUUCAGUGCAGCCCCCCAAAGGACACAGAUUCCUACAUCCACCGUUCAGGUCGGACAGGAAGAGCUGGGAGAUCUGGUGCCUGUGUCUGCUUCUAUAAACCCCAGGAGGAGAACAGCCUCAUGUGGGUGGAGAAACAAGCAGGUGUACAGUUCAAGAGGAUUGGUCCACCUUCCCCUGAGGAGAUGAUCAAGGCUGGGGCCAACGAUGCUGUCAGGUCACUUGAUGAUGUACCAAAUGAAACUCUGGAGCAUUUCAAAGAGUCGGCAGAAUCUCUAAUUGCCAGUCGUGGUGCCAUCAAUGCACUGUCUGCUGCCCUCGCAGUCAUCUCAGGAAGCACAACAAUAUCAAACAGAUCACUGCUGUCAUCGAAGGAGGGCUACACAACGUACGUGUUCCGGACCAACAUGGAGCUGCGGGGCACGGGGUACGUGUGGAGGGCCCUGGAGAAGGUGCUGGGGGAGGAGGACAAGGAGAAGGCCACCGGGAUGAGGAUGCUCGAGGACAAAAUGGGCUGUGCAUUUGAUAUGCCAUCAGAGUUGGACGGAGAAAUUGAGGCAAACUGGACAGAUGGAAAAUAUGAUACACUGGUCAAGGCCACAGAAGUGCCGAAACUCCUUCCGCAGUCCAACUUCGGUGGUGGCAGGGGCGGGGGAGGCUUCAGAGGAGGUAACCGUGGCGGCGGCUUUCGCGGGGGAGACCGAGGAGGCUGGGGCAGGGGAAGGGGUGACUUCAGGGGAAGGGGUGGUUUUGGGGGUAGAGGGCGUGGAGGUGAUAGGGGUCGAGGGGGAUUUGACGGAGGAUUUAAACGCAAACAGAGUAUAUCUUUUGAUUCACCGCAGGGCAAGAAAAUAAAAUUUGAAUGAUCGUGAUCUUUCAUGACACUUUUUCUCAUGUACAGUUAUUGUUUUGUCAUAUGUGUUGUCAUGUUUAUAAAUAUGCAUUUGUUUUCAUUGAAUCUUUUAUGAAAUAUUCAUAGUGCAAUGUUAUAUACAUAGUGUAUAUGUAUUAAGAAAAUAAAACCAUGUAAAUAUGA